AUGGCCCUGGGACAGUUCAUGUGCCCCCCUUUGAUCCAGUUCCUCAUAGACACUUAUUCGUUGCGUGGUUCUUCUUUUAUCGUCGCAGGACUGUGUCUGAAUAACUGCGUCUUUGGAACUGUAAUGAAACCGCUUGAGGAGAAAAAUAGGUAUUACAUAGAGACUACUCUUCAAGAUAAUUUACACCUCCCAGAAAAGAACAGUGAUCAGAAACCAAGAGACUUGAACAAACUGGUUCUAGAAGAGACAUUGACAAACGAUUUUAUCACUGAUGAUUCGAACCGCUUUUGUCGCGAUAACACGAGCAAGAAAUCAAAUCGGUUAGACCCUAUGCUGAAUGACCCAAAGGACAAUAUAUUUAAUGCUACUUCAAUUCUUAGCUUAUCGUCAAUGGGCAGCAUGACUUUAAGUGUCUCUCAGCAUUCAGUUUCAAAUAACCAACUUAGUGCUAUAGAAGACGAGGAAAAACCAAGCUACCAGACAAAUGUAAUGACAAUCUUAGACGUUGGCCCUCUAAAGAACGGGGCUUUCGUUUGUUUAUGCAUUGCGGUAUUCUUCUGGGCCUCCGGCAGUCUCCUUUGCUUUCUGCACCUUAUCGCUUACACAUUGCAGCACGAAACCACCCCUCCGCAAGGCGCCAUCUUGUUGUCAGUUAUUGGCGUGGGGAAUUUUUUCAGUCGACUGCUUGCGGGGGCUGCAACCAACGACAAAGAGCACGUGGAUCAGGUUACUUUGGCCGCUGGCGCCCUGGGGAUCUCAGCACUGUUGUCAUUUAGUUUGCCGUUAUUCAUAAACAGUUAUUGGUCCCAAGUCUUGUUCGCUGCUCUCUUCGGUGUUUAUUCAACCAUCAUUAUACCGUUAUUGGCACCAAUGACAGUGGAGACUGUCGGACUGUCGUCGCUGGGAGCUGGGUUUGGAUAUCUGAUGGUUAUGAGCGGUAUCGGUUGUGGAAUUGGCCCUCCACUGGCAGACCUCUGUAUUCUUCCUUGUACAUCACCGUCUAGAAUAGGCAUGAAGUUACUGAAAGCACCUCAACGCUUUUAUUGA